AUGUGCCCAGGAUUUUCCGUGGACCUCUUUAGCAAGAAGUCUAUUGACGCUCACUUCGAUACUCAUCUGACAAGAGUCAUCAAGGCUUUGAAGCCAUACAUCCCUAGAACAUUCUACGGAUUUGAGAUCGGCAGUUACGAACUCGGCAUGCAGAACUGGGACGGUCACCUGGAAGAUCACUUUAAGCUUCUACGGGGCUACUCUCUGAGACCAUGGAUCUUGGCAGCCACAGGCCGCAUAAUCGGCUCGACCGAGAAGACGGAAAAGUUUCUGUACGAUUUCCGCCUUAUCCAUGCUGAUUUGGUCAAGACCAACUCCUACAAAUGCUUUCGGGAGCGCCUGAGAAACCAUGGCCUCUCUCUGCUCAUCGAACCAUAUGGAGACGGCCCCUUUGACAGCAUGGAGUUGGCUACCUCGGCUGAUUUUCUUGGGGAUCCCAGCAGCCAUACCCAACGAGAACGAAUCCAGCCAGUCGAGACCUUCACCGGCCAGCCCGACGUUUCUACCUGGACCGAGCAUCCAUUCCAGCUCAAAGCAACAGGCGAUCGAAUGAUGACUCUUGGUCCUAAUCGGUUCAUCUUUCACAGCUACGUUCAUCAACCUGUGAAUGCGACUUUUCCUGGAAUGACUUUUGGACCAUUCCGCACGCACUUCGACCGGAUGAACACUUGGGCAAAGCAACAAAUCGGCUGGAACAAGCACCUGUCAAGAGUGUCAUAUAUCCUGCAAAACACCGAUGCCUAUGUUGACGUCGCUUGCUUCAUCAGCGAGGAGCCAUCACAAGCUACUGUGCCUUACAACAGCCCCUAA